AUGAAGUCCUUCUCUAGCUCUGCCAUCAAUAAGUCGGGCAAGAAAUUUGCCCCCAAGGCGCCCGUCCGACGCGCUGCGCCAGCUCCUCCUCGACGUCCCAGCGUUGCAUCUCAGCCCUCGGCUUCACAGACUCCUCAGCCUGUGACCGAGACAGCCACCCCCGAACCCGCUUCGACAGCUCCGAUCGCGGAAUCUUCCGCUCCUGUCGAGACAGCAACCCCCGAGCCGUCGGCGACUCAGACGGCCAAUGUGAAGCCAUCUUCGUCGGCACCUGCGACGGCCAUCCCGAUCCCUCGCCCGACAAAAAGGCCUUCCGUUUCUGCAGCGACUCCCGCUAUCUCUCAUGAGGCUCCCGCGCCUUCUCAGCCGUCUCAGCCGACUCAAUCGACUCAACCCUCCCAGCCCUCUCAGCCUUCCCCGCCCCCGCCUAGCGCCUCUCCUAUAAACCCCACCCCGCUGCCUUCGGUGACAGAUGCAGCUGAGAAACAGAUUCGGAACGAUGCUCCUGUGAACGAGCCUGAACAAUCCGAUAGCCCUAAUGACCGCGGAAGAUCCUUAGCGCCCGAGUCGCGCAGUGUUUCCGUUUCCGAAGCACCUACGGAAAUUCGACCCGUAAAACGCGCCAAAACUACGUCAGACAAUGAGCCCGCGACCACUACGGAGACACGGCCUUCGAUUGAGACACCCCAGCUCAUUACACCACCCGCAACGCAGACCCCGGCGGCAGAGUCUACGACGGAAAGCCAGGAUAACUCCGAACCACCUGCUGCUACCGAACCGACCCGGAAGACUACGAAACCAAGGAAAAGAAAGGCACCUAAGGAUGAAAGCACCGCGACAAAAACAAGGGAGAAAAAACCACGGGCCCGCAAGCAGCGCGAACCGACUCCCGAGGGCUCUGAACAAGUUGAGAUCGCUCCAGCAGUUAUCAAAAUGUCGGAACUGUGCAAGGAUCUGCGCACGGGAAAGAAGUCUAAACGAGAGACCGAACUUCGCAAGCUAGAACAGGCCGAGCAGGAACGCAAGCAGGCGGCGCAACAGGAAGGUGCAGAAGAAGAGCCGCCUGCAGUUAAAGAGAAGGAAAAUGCCAGCGAGCCUCCAGUACUGGAGAGCGGGGGUGAUCAAUCCCAAUCUGGCCCAGUGAUGAGAAUUGUGAAUGGAGAAAUUGUGCUCGAUACUUCAUCUCUGCAGGUUGACCGGCACGCUGCAGCAGCGAAGAGCUAUGGAGACUUGGAGGAUGUGGUGGAGAAUUCGUUUACGCGCAAGAUCAAUCAGUCUACCUACGGAAAGCGCACGAAAACCGAAUCUUGGGACGAGGACUUGACGGAUCUUUUUUACCGAGGACUGCGCAUGUUCGGCACGGAUUUUAUGAUGAUUAGCAAGCUAUUCCCUGGAAGGUCUAGACGCCAGAUCAAGUUGAAAUUCAACAAAGAAGAACGCCGUGACCCCGGCCGCAUCAAAGACACUCUCCUGGGUCCGCGGGAAACAUUCGAUAUCCACACUUAUUCGGAGAUGACCAACACGAUCUACGACGACCCAAAGAUUAUCCAGCAGGAACUGGAUGAAGAAAAGAAAGCCAUCGAAGAACAACAUGCAAAAGAAAAACAGGCCCAGCAAGAACUUCUCCACAACCCAGAUGGCCCGAACGAAGGGGCCACCGACCCUGACAAGCCUAACACUGGGCCUACCAAGGGAAAACGCAAGAGGCAAGCUAAGGACAUGGGUGGUGCACAGGAGGAGAUCCUGGGCACGAUCGAUGAUUUCCCCUGA